AUGAUGUUAACAAAUGAAGAAUUACUUGCAGAUUGGCAAAUAGGUGAUGGAGUAAGGUCACUCUUAGCUUUCUAUUCUCCAGAAGCUUCUAACUCAAAUGGAAUUAUCAGCAUUGUGAUCACAAGCCUUGGUGCUGAUUUCACCAAGUUGGAAUCUUUCGGGAAAGUUGAUGCUUUUGCUGAGAAUCUGGUUAGUGGAUUAGACAGAAGUUGGCAAAGACCGCUACGAGUGAAAGCAAAACUCAUAGAUAGCAAAGCUUCUAAGGGGUUGUAUUACAUCGAGUACACUCUCCAAAAUCCCGGUGAAAGUCCCAGACAUCUAUUUUCUGUGCUUGGGAUAUCAGACAAUGGGAUUUACAACAGACUGUAUACUCUCACUGGACAGUUUGUAGAUGAGGAGGCAGUGCAAUAUGGUGCCAAAAUACAGAAGGUAACUUUAAGAUCAUUUUCUUUUUGUUUUGUGUUUGCUAAUUUUUUGAGUGAAGAUAUGCAUCACAAAAAUGCUUUGUAA